AUGGUGUUUCCCGAAGUUUAUUGGAGACUUCCUGAUUCUUCAGCAGUGCAAAGAUCCAUUUUUGGAUGCUAUUUUUCCACCAGCUGUCAUCGCAACACCAAAUUUUACACUGAUCCUGUUGAAGCUGUAAAAGAUAUACCCAAUGGGGCAACUAUACUUGUUGGUGGUUUUGGAUUGUGUGGGAUUCCUGAAAACCUCAUUGGGGGUUUACUGAAGACUGGGGUAAAGGGAAUAACAGCAGUCAGUAAUAAUGCAGGCGUUGACAAUUUUGGACUUGGUCUUCUGCUUCAGACUAAACAGAUAAAACGCAUGGUGUCGUCAUAUGUUGGAGAGAAUGCUGAAUUUGAACGCCAGUAUUUAUCUGGUGAGCUUGAAGUUGAGCUUACACCUCAGGGUACGCUUGCUGAGCGUAUUAGAGCAGGAGGAGCAGGAAUUCCAGCAUUUUACACCAGUACUGGCUAUGGGACGCUGGUGCAGGAAGGGGGAGCUCCUAUCAAAUACAACACAGAUGGCACCAUUGCUAUUGCCAGCCAGCCAAGAGAGGUGCGAGAGUUUGAUGGCCGUCACUUUAUUCUGGAGAAGUCAAUUACAGGAGAUUUUGCUCUUGUGAAGGCAUGGAAGGCUGAUCGUGCAGGCAACAUAAUUUUCAGGAAAACUGCAAGAAACUUCAACCAGCCAAUGUGCAAAGCUGCCAAGACAACUGUGGUAGAGGUAGAAGAAAUUGUUGAUAUAGGAGCAUUUGCCCCAGAAGACAUUCAUGUUCCCAAAAUCUAUGUGGAUCGUCUGAUACAAGGAGAGAAGUUUGAGAAGAGAAUUGAACGCUUAUCAAUUCGAAAGCCUGAAGACUCAAAGGCCAAACAAAACCAAGGAGACAAUGUGAGGGAGAGGAUCAUCAGACGGGCUGCUUUAGAGUUUGAGGAUGGCAUGUAUGCUAAUCUGGGUAUUGGAAUUCCACUCUUGGCCAGUAACUUCAUCAGUCCAGACAUAACUGUUCAUUUACAGAGUGAAAAUGGAGUCCUGGGUUUGGGUCCUUAUCCACUUGAAAAUGAAGUAGAUCCAGACCUGAUUAAUGCAGGUAAGGAGACAGUCACUGUUCUUCCAGGUUCUUCCUAUUUCUCUAGCGAUGAAUCAUUUGCAAUGAUAAGAGGAGGCCAUGUUGAUUUGACAAUGCUUGGAGCUAUGCAAGUGUCUAAGUAUGGUGACCUGGCCAACUGGAUGAUUCCUGGUAAGAUGGUGAAAGGAAUGGGAGGUGCCAUGGACCUGGUAUCCAGUGCGCAGACCAAAGUGGUUGUCACCAUGGAGCACUCAGCCAAG